UUUGGCAGGGAGACGGUGGGCAGCCACGACAGCGUCAACGUGUUCCUGCCACAAGACGCCGCCCAGCUCUUCCAGACGGAGGGGAUUUUCCCACGCCGGAUGGGCAUCGAUUCCUGGCUCGCCCACCGUGCCUUGAGGAACCACAAGUGCGGCGUCUUCCUAUUGAAUGGGGAAGAGUGGCGCUCUGACCGGCUCAUCCUCAACAAGGAAGUCAUCAGCCCUGCUGGCACCCGGAAGUUCCUGCCCUUCCUCAACACGGUGGCUGAGGAUUUCGUGGCCUUCAUGUACCGGCAGAUCAGGAAGAACACCCGAGGCUCGCUGACCAUUGACCUUUACCACGAUCUCUUCCGCUUCACGCUGGAAGCCAGCAGCUACGCCUUGUAUGGGGAGCGCCUGGGCCUUCUGGAGGAGAGCCCCAAGCCCGAGUCGCAGGAGUUCAUCAGCGCCGUGGAGACCAUGCUGCAGACCACGCUGCCUCUGCUCUUCCUCCCGCCGGGCGUGAUGCGCUGGGUGAACAACAGGCUGUGGCAGCAGCACCUGAAGGCCUGGGAUACCAUCUUCAGCCACG